AUGGCCAAACGCAGGGCACGUCAAGUCACAGUACCUCAGACAGCCGCGACCACUUGCGCCAAAGCAGCUGCAGUCCCUAGCAGUGCGAUGACCUCGAAAACCACGGCGCCUGAACUUCCCACAGAGAUUUGGGCCGCGAUUCUGAUGAACGUCGAGGAUCCGUAUGAUCUGUGGGUCAGCUGUCGUCAGGUUUCGUCCAAAUUCAAGAUUGAUGCCGAGCGCGCUUUCCGCGUGAACUUCCUACCGCACUUGAACAUUCAUUGGGGUUACCAUGGCAAUGAUGGCGAUCAUAUCAGCGUUGAGGCUACAAUCGACGACACUCAGUCGGAACUCAAAUCUUCUUCUGUGUCCUGCCUUUUGCGGACAACCGGUCCGUACUCAAGGCCGCCGGUACUGCCUCCUCAGACCAUGCAAGAACGUAUGGUUAUGUUGCACAAUAUUGUUGAUUGGGAUGACCUCAGCGCCAUGAGUCACGCGGGGUCCUGGGGACCGCUUCGCUCGAUGCAAGCGUACAUAAAAUGUCCGGAUAUCUGCGAUGAUUACGCCACCGAUCUCGAUUUACCAGAAGUGCAGCUCAGUCUCUUGCCAGUUCCUGAUCCUAUACCACAGAACACGAAGAUCUCUCAAGGCCACAUUACGUUUGACUGGAAAGUUCUAAUCACCACGUUUUUCGCCGAAGAAGUGCAUGUGCGACGAAAGCUAGCAGAUGGCAUAAACGCAACUGAAGAUGCAACUCUGGUCGGAUUGCACAGAAAAGCCAAGAUAUUCCUCCGUACAGGAUGCCCAACCCUGAGAUGGUCUAGCAAGCCACAGCCCCUCUCUCACAACAUGUCAAUGAAGGAUCAGCAGUCAUAUAUGAAAGUCAAAUCCCGCCACAUUGAAGCUGUCGUCUCCGCUCUUGCCCCCGAUCACACACAUCUAUAUGAAGAGGCCUACUCGCAGCGUCUCCGCAAAGCCUACUCUGGCAUUGGCCUCGAUCCGCCCUGGGAGGCUGAGGAGGCCAUUACCGAGCGUCGCGAGCUCCGCGCCCAUGUACGCAAGCACGUAAGAGCGUUCCACAAAGACAAGUACGAUGCUGCAAGAAUAGCCGCCGUUGCAACAGCAAAGCUACUUUGGAUGCGCAAAUUCGGAGAAGUCUCGUUCGAGAGCAAGCCUUCGCGAGCUACCCCUAUCGUCCAGCCCUUGGCCCAUGUUUCCAGGCUCGAGCUCGACAUCGAUGAUGAGAUUCUUUGCGACGAUCCUAGCGACGGCUUGGAUGACCGCUCUUACAUCCCAAGCAAGUCACUCGCGAAGAAAAAGGCUCGGCAGAAGAUUAAGGAUGAGUGCGUAGCUCCUGGAGAUACCGGGCAUAACCCUAGGUCGCGUAGGAAGAAGAAGGACAAGAGGCAAGAUGAGGAUGGUUGGUAA